AUGACCUCCUCAGGUCAGGAUCCUGCUGGCGCUUGUCCUUUUGCCAACAAAAUUGGACAGAGGAGGGGCCUCGUGCAUCUGGUGUCGCGCGGCCGGGACCGCUGUGUCGGUUUUUGCGCGCGACGCCAGCGCUGGCCACGCACUGAGCGGGCCGGGACCUUGGCCUUACAUCACUCCUCCACCUGCACAGCCCAGCGCAGGCGGCUGCCUGUGGGGCGCGCUGACCAACGGACCCAGAUUGUCCAUGUUAUUGUUGGGAAAGACGAAAAAAGAAGAAGGAUCCCAGAAUAUCUGAACCAUUUUAAUGGUUGGAACAGAAGCUGGGGCAGAUGGGCAGCUGAAGAUCAUGUGCUUCCUAACACAAAUGAAAACCAAAGAUUGCAGCCUAUAUUUUCAAGAAAAGCUGUAGCUCGCCUGACUAGAAAAGGAAGAAAGAAGUGCUGCAGAUUUCCAGGUGUCCAGUGUGUCUUAAAAAGCCUCCCUGUUGAAGAAAAAGAUGAAAAUGCUGAAAAUUCAAUAAGCAGUUCCUCUGCUGACAGUAUAAAGAAAGAUGCCAGAAUAAGAAAUAAAGAAAGUGAUAUUAAGGAAAAGACUGAAGUGAAAGCACUAGAGCUGCACACAAAAAGGGAAAUGGAAGAAAGGACAAUAACUAUAGAUAUUCCUGAAGUUCUGAAGAAGCAGCUUGAGGAUGACUGUUACUACAUUAACAGGAGGAAACGGUUAGUGAAAUUGCCUUGCCAGACCAACAUCAUAACUAUUUUGGAAUCCUACGUGAAGCAUUUUGCUAUCAGUGCAGACUUUUCAGCCAACAAAAGGCCUCGUCACCAUCACACCAUGCCACACACCAACAUUAAUGUACACUAUAUCCCAGCAGAGAAGAAUGUUGACCUCUGUAAGGAGAUGGUUGAUGGAUUAAGAAUAACCUUUGAUUACAGUCUCCCAUUGGUUUUGCUCUAUCCAUAUGAACAAGCUCAGUAUAGGAAGGUGACUACGUCUAAAUUUUUCCUUCCAGUUAAGGAAAGUGCCAUAAACACUACCAGGAACCAGGAGGAGCUGCCUCCAAGCCCACCUUUGAUGAAUCCACCCACUCCGCAGUCUACAGAGAGUCAGCCUACCACAGGCAAGCCAGCCACACCCAAAAGGUGCAAAGCUGAGCCGGAAGGGUUGCGGUCUCUGAGGCGGUCCACUCGCCACACCUCAAGCAAUGACAGGAUGUGUGAAAGUAGCGCAUCGCUUCAGUCCAGGCGUGGAUACACAGACUUGUUUGCCACCAUGCUGCCCAAGCUGCUUCUGCAACUGGAAAAGAUGACACCUGUACCUAGCAGAUCAUUGUCACCUAUUCUUCUGACUCCUGACAAGGAAGGGAGUGCUGUGUUUGCUGGCUCUGAAGGGAGAAGAUAUAAUGAAAUAAAUGAGGUCCUUUCCUGGAAACUCAUGCCUGACAAUUACCCCCCAAGUGACCAGCCUCCUCCACCUUCCUAUAUUUAUGGGUCACAGCAUCUGCUGCGCUUGUUUGUCAAACUUCCAGAAAUCCUUAGAAAGAUGUCCUUUUCUGGGAAGAAUCUGAAGGCUUUACUGAAGCACUUUGAUCUUUUCCUGAGGUUUUUAGCAGAAUACCAUGACGACUUAUUCCCAGAAUCUGCUUAUGUCGUUGCCUGUGAGGCGCACUACAACACCAAGAAUCCCAGGGCAAUUUAUUAA